ACCAUUAAACACCGCGGAGGGGGGGGGGGGAGAUUUAAAGAGACAGGCGCAGCGCGGCGGCCGGCCGGGGGAGCGGCGGCGGCGGCCGGGCGGAGGACAAGAGGCGCCCCCUCCCCCCCCGCCGCCAGGCCCCCCGCGCCCGCCGGCCUCCAUGAGGUAGAGGCGGCGGCGCCUCCCCAGCCCCAUCUUUGUGCGGCCCGGCCCGGCCCGGCCCGGCCCGGCCCCGCGCUUUGUUCGGCGCCGGGGGAGCCGCCGCGCCCGCCCGCCCGCCCGGGGGCCGCUGAGGCGGCGGCUGAGGCGGCCCGGAUUGAUGUGGGGGGUCUGACAUGAGUCCGCCGGCGGCCGGGUGCUGCCAUGUGACCGGCUUCAAGGUGGAGAACUGGAAGCAGAACCUGCGGGCGAUCUACCAGUGCUUCGUGUGGAGCGGCUCGGCCGAGACCAGGAAAGCCAAGGCAAAGUCGUGCAUUUGUCACAUGUGUGGUGCCCACCUGAACAGACUUCACUCUUGCCUCUACUGUGUCUUCUUUGGCUGUUUCACAAAGAAACAUAUUCACGAGCACGCGAAGACAAAGCGACACAACUUAGCCAUAGACCUUUUGUAUGGGGGUAUAUACUGCUUUAUGUGUCAAGAUUACAUUUACGACAAAGACAUGGAACAAAUUGCCAAAGAAGAACAACGGAAAGCUUGGAAAUUACAAGCCUUCACCCCAACAGUGGUUUCUCACUACCAGUGUACAAUGACAGGCAUUGGAGAGAAGUAUUCAACAUGGGAGCCAACCAAACGAGAAUUAGAAUUGCUACGGCACAACCCCAAGCGGAGAAAAAUAACCACAAACUGCACCAUAGGGCUCCGAGGGCUAAUCAAUCUUGGGAACACAUGUUUUAUGAACUGUAUUGUCCAGGCACUUACCCACACUCCACUGCUGCGAGAUUUCUUCCUCUCCGACAGGCACAAAUGUGAAAUGCAAAGUCCCAGCUCAUGUCUGGUCUGUGAAAUGUCUACGCUCUUUCAGGAGUUUUACUCUGGGCACCGAUCUCCUCACAUUCCAUAUAGGUUAUUGCACCUGGUAUGGACGCAUGCACGGCAUUUAGCAGGGUACGAGCAACAGGAUGCACAUGAGUUCCUUAUUGCUGCAUUAGACGUGCUACACAGACACUGCAAAGGUGAUGAUAAUGGAAAGAAGGCCAACAACCCCAACCACUGUAACUGCAUCAUAGACCAAAUCUUCACAGGCGGACUGCAGUCUGAUGUCACGUGUCAAGUCUGCCAUGGUGUUUCCACAACAAUAGACCCAUUUUGGGACAUCAGUUUGGAUUUGCCAGGCUCCUCCACCCCGUUCUGGCCGCUGAGUCCUGGGAGCGAUGGCAGUGUGGUGAAUGGGGAGAGCCACGUAUCGGGCACCACCACGCUCACAGACUGCUUGCGAAGGUUUACAAGGCCAGAACAUCUAGGAAGCAGUGCCAAAAUCAAAUGUAGUGGUUGCCAUAGUUACCAGGAAUCUACCAAACAACUCACUAUGAAGAAAUUACCCAUUGUGGCCUGUUUUCAUCUCAAACGGUUUGAACAUUCAGCUAAGCUGAGGCGAAAGAUCACUACAUACGUCUCCUUCCCACUGGAGCUGGACAUGACACCAUUUAUGGCUUCCAGUAAAGAGAGCAGGAUGAACGGGCAAUACCAGCAGCCUACGGAUAGUCUAAACAAUGAUAAUAAGUAUUCCUUGUUUGCAGUAGUUAAUCACCAAGGAACCUUGGAGAGCGGGCACUAUACCAGCUUCAUCCGGCAACACAAGGACCAGUGGUUCAAAUGUGAUGACGCCAUCAUCACCAAGGCUAGCAUUAAGGAUGUACUAGACAGUGAAGGAUAUUUGCUGUUCUAUCACAAACAGUUCCUGGAGUAUGAGUAGCCUUAUCCAGCAGCUUGUCAGAUGAAUGAAAGGAAGCAAAUAAGCAAGCCUUCUGAAAUGACACACAAACCUACCUGAAAUGAAAAGACCCAUUAAACAACAACUAGCACUGAGCUGUAACAGGACCUACUUGACACUGGCUCACAGCCUGGCGGAGUAAGAAACGAACAAUGUCCAAUGUGUAUGCAGUCCUGCAAGGACAGAAAGGGGGGAAAAUAAAGAGGCUACAGUCAGUCACGUAAGAGAGGAAAUAUUACAAUGAAAGGAAUGCUCUGGGUGGGGAAACGGGAGCAGAGGAGUCCGGGCAAUGGUACAUCUCCUGUGGUCCUCCGAAAUGUGUGUGGGAAGGCAAGGGGGGUGUACCCUCAUCUCCAUACAGCAUCUUCUCCAUUGGUGCUUCAGCUCCAACUGACCAAUCAUAUAACAGUUAUAAUUCAAAAAAAAAAAAUCCAAGCCCAUUUUUUUUAUGCAUAUGGGUCUGAAAGCAGUGAAGUGGAGGAGGAGGGGAUGACACAAUUAAGGACUUUGCAAGUAUCUUUUUAUUUGUGAAUUUUAGUUAUUAAAUAAAUACAGUAUGAAACUAUUAGACUCUUUUGUUUCGACAAACUUAAAAAAGAAAACCCUGGAUUGUGGAACCGAAGCGACAGUACUGAGACAGGUUUCCAAGCAUGCCUGCGGCCCAGGUACCAUUGAUGCCAUUGGACUGCUCAUCACAGCAUCAGCACAGAGUCUUGUUCUGUUUGAGCCCUUUUUUUUGUUUUUGUUUUGUUUUGUUUUCUAUAAAUAGCUAUUUUCUUAAUUUUUUUUCCUUUUAUUCCCUUUUUUUCACGAGAAUGAAAUUCAUAAAUGCAACCAUCAGUAAAAUGAAUGAAUUGGCGUGUUUAUACUGUAA